ACCAUCACCAUCACCAUCACCAUCAAUGGCCAAGCGCCUUUGCCCUUCGUCUGCCCCAUCUCAAAUCCCUAACGCCAACGCCAGCACCAAACAGAAUCCUUCAAUGGACGAUCUUCUAGAAACGUUUCUCGAUAUGGCCGACUCUCCUUCUCUCUCCAUCGGCUUGUCCUUCGAUAGACUCAUCGACUCCACGCCUUGCGACGCCGAUCAGUCGCUUCUCAUCGAUCGCGCUCUCAAAUUAGGCUCCUUGCUUCUCGAAGCCGGUAAUCGGUCGGCUCGGAAACGCGCCUCCAAGCAUAAUUCACUUGCCUGGGCCCUACCUCCUGAUCUCACCAUCAAAGUGUUUUCUAUGCUUGAUACUCAGAGCUUGUGCUAUGCUGCGGCCACGUGUUCGAUGUUCUACAAGUGUGCUAUGGAUCCUCUGUGCUAUGCUAAUAUUGACUUGAGGACAAUUGUUCCUAGGGUCAACAAUGCUGUUGUGUCUACAAUGAUCCAACGAGCCGGAAGAUCUCUCCAGUCUCUUCAGCUUGGUAUAGUUCCAGGCCCAACUGCCUCGCCUUGGUCUUGUCAGUCACUGGUUUACACCAUCAGGAACUCUGUAGAUGUAUCAAGUUUCUCUUGGAAUGAUAAAAAGACCCGACAGGGGAAAGAGUCAUUCAUUCUCACAAGGACUUGUCUAAACCCAUUAAGUGGGGAAAGUGGUGCUCCUGGGUCACUUUUGAGAAGGUUGCACCUUUACAACAUUGAAAGAAUGGAUAAAACAUCACUUUGUAUGGCAUUAUCAGCCUGCCCAUCACUUCUUGAUCUGGAAAUUGUUGGCCUUCAUGUUGAAUUGAGGCAAACGUUGAUGUCAGUGAGCGUGAGUUGCCCCUUGAUAGAGCGUUUGUUCUUUGAGUCUUCAAAAACAGGAAGAGAUGACAGUUUGAAAUCGCCUACCUGUGUUGACUUCGUGAACAAUUGUCCACAUCUAACUUCUUUGGCGCUUAGAGGUUUUAAGCUGCCUGACUAUAAAGUUCGCAUACUUGUCAAGGGACUUCGUAAGCUAAAAUAUGUUGAUUUUUCAACAUCAUACUCGAUCACUGGAACCUUUUUGAGAAAUCUUGGAAGUGGAAUUGGGGGGAAUCUGCUAGAAGUGUUGAUUUUACGAGAUUGCAUGCACCUUAAAGAAAUGGAAGUUGCUCGGUUUUUGACAGCAGUUCUUUCAGGAGAUUUCAAAUUCCUCCGACAUAUUGACGUAUCCAAUAGAGAAGGUUUAGCCUCUGAAGGUGAUUGGUAUAUGAGGUGCUUCAACUCAAGAAUCAUUCCUUUAAAGGAGGUCUCCAAAGAAAGGCCCGAUCUCUGUUUGCUAGCUGAGUUUCCAUCGGAAGGAAGCUUCAUUGACAUUGACCAUAUGGUCGACAGCGAGUUCCAUAGUGAGGUCAGCCUGCCAUCCCAACUUAGUAGUCAUACCUCAGAUGGUUCACUACUUAUGAGUUCGUCAGAAAGCAGCUAUAAUAGUGAUCAGGGUAGUGGCAAUGAAGAGGGUCAAGAUUCUGGUUAUAUAUUUUUCGAGGAAAGCUCAGACGAAGUGGAUUUUCUGGCUCUUUAGGUGAACCACCAGAGCAAUGCCCAGUAUCAAAAAUUGGGCCACCAAUAAAUUAGUCGUACAAAAUUCCAGUAUUCAUUGAAAUUUAUUCUACAAUCUUCUCACAGCACAAAUGAAAGAUAUGUCCUACUAAUGACUGACUGAGAAACAGAAGAGUAGAGAGGUGCUAAUUAUACCAUUACCACUAUGAGCGAGUUGUUUAUGGACAUGACCGCUUUUUCCAAUAAAUAAGGAGUGAUUACUGAUUAGCCUCCUUAUUUCCUAUUGUUGUGGGGAGACGUUUGUGGUAUGAUAACAUGAUACUAACACUUUCUGUAUUACCUAAAAGUGUGUUCUGAUGAUCUAAUAUCAGGACGGAGGCUUUUUGUAGAAUGAAGCUGGACCGAAGAGUGGUUGUGAAAUCGACUUUGUUAUAAAUGGGUAUCUUAACUGUCCAUUAAAGUUUAUACCAACCGUUUUCGGAUUCAAAAGCCACACUUGCGGCAAUUUUUUGCCAGGUUGGUCAAUUAAGUAGGGAACUCUUCGCUCAACUUGUAAAAGCCUUUGGGGAAUUUUUUUUUUUUUUUGGGUAACCCCUUUGGUUUCUCGUUUUGCUUCCUUUACUUUUGAGAUGUUGAUUCUCUAGUGUAAUUUGUAGCUGAGAUCAACAAUGAAUUAAUUUUAAUCAUCUAUCGUAAUUGUAA